CUAACCCUUCAAUCCUCAUCACUCAUCUCCAUCCAGCGCUCUCUUUCUAAUCUCUCCUUCUCCUCUGUCUAAUUACAACACAAUGAUGACGCCGGUGAAGAAAACAUCCGCCAUAAGACCUGCGGAGUUCUACGGAAACGGUCUUCCCCGACCUCGUUUCUUCGACAACCCUAAGUUCAACUCUCACCGCGUCGAUCCGCCCAUCUCUGUCCUCGAUCCCCUUCUCUCAUGGGCCCGCGAAGCCCACUGGUCCAUGGGCGGUCUCAACUUCACCCGCCUCCGUCUCCAGGGCCGAAUCGAAGGAAACGUCGACAAGCUACGCGCUCAGCUCGACAAUUCCAGUCCGUUGAAGAAGAGAUCUGGUUUUGAUUCUCCCCCCGCCGCUCCCGUUGCUUUGAAACGAAGGAGGUACAUAGAUCUCAACGACUAUGAUGACGAAGAAGAAGAAGAGAUCUGUUUGGCUAACAUCAGGAGGAAGCUCUCUGAUGAUUUUGAUAGAGUCGCUGGAGAAGAGAGUAACACCAAAGCAAAGAGAAGAGCUCAACGAGGUCAUCUCCAAGAUUAGCAAAGCGUAGAUCAACUUAGGGUUUGGAUUGGUUAUGUUCUUAUAAAUAUUAAUUUCACUAUGCACUCAAGUAAUAUUUGGAUAUAAGAGUUGGAUCAAAACUAGAAUCA